AUGACAUCCCCAACGAUCCGCAUAGGUUACACGGAGUUUGUGGAUGCCCUGGAACGUGCGGAAGAGGAGUGCCGGCAAUGCGGCAUCGCGGCGGCCAUGGCUGCAGGGACCACCCUGGGGCAGAGCGCUCUGCAAGCAGGCCAUGGCCUUCGGGAAGCCGCCGACUGUGCCGCUGGGGCGGCGCUACGCGCUGCCGCGGAGUUUGGCAUGGUGCCAGCAGACGCUGCGGCGCUCGGGGGCCGAGCAGCCUCCAAGUUGGCUUCCGAGCAAAGCCUCGAUCGGGUGCAGGUGGCGGACGCUGCAGCAGAGGCUGCGGGAAUCCAUGCCAUGCGCGCCGCGGUGGAAGCAGACUUGACCUUGGAGCAGGUGGCAGAUGAGGCCGCCAUCGCUGCUUCAGCGGCGGCUGAGGAGGCAGGCAGCACGGCCCAACAUGUGGCGGAAGUGAGUGCGCGUGCCGCUGGCGUGGCAGCAGGUGAACUGGCUGCUGAGGCUGGCAACACAGCCAUGAAAUCUGCAGAGAUCGCUGCCAAGGCGGCCACCAAAUCCGCUGCUGCCUCGGGGCUGCCGCCCUACCAGGCGGUGGAGCCUACGGCCACCGCGGCUGCCAGGUCGGCUACUCGAGCCGCGCUCAAUGGGGGGCAUCCGUACCUCAUUGUGGCAGAGAUCACCAGGCAGUUGAACUCACAACUUGUGGAGAACCUGAAGGAGGUCCAUCAAAAUCAGCCUGAUCGCGUUGCUGUCGGAGAGCUGAAGGACCUUUUUAGUCAGGCAAAUAUCGACAUCCACGAGGACACUUUGAGGCAGGUCUUCGAGGAAAUGGGCGUUGACCCAAAGGAGCAAGUCAGCUUCAACAGCUUUUUUCAGGCCGUGGAAAAGUCGCAUGGCAUUUUUAUUGAGGCGCAUGGAUGGGCCACAGGUAUUCGUUGGUCUCAUCGCUUGUAUGAGUCAAUCUUUAAGCACAUGUCGCAGCAGUUGCCUGGAACAGAGAUGGAAGCACCGUCGCUGAUGCUAGUUCCCGCAGACUACUCCGAAGUGUCCUUGGGGUGUAAGAACCUCAAGAUGUGCCAUUUGCAAUUUUCCAGUAUUCUGCGGGCCAUUUUUAAAUUUGACACAGCCAUCAUGCAAGCUGUGUGCCCAUUUCUUCCUGCGAGAGAGCUACGAGCCUUGAGCGUGUUGAUGAGGAGCUUUCGCUCUGCCAGCACACUUGCUUGGAGUGAAGAUAUCCUCGAAAAUGAGAGAGUUCUGCUUGCCAUCGCACAAAAGGACCAACCUCAGUUUUUGGCCAAGGCUAUCGCAGAUUCAGGGAUUUGCAAGGCUUCUCUGGGAAGGCUUCUCUUGCGAGCAACCACAGGAGGCAGAGAGAAUCGUAGCCACCGGUGUUGCAAGCUGCUGGGAGAAUUGGGAGCAGUGAUUCGCCUGGAAGAUGCCUUUAUGGUCACUGGUGGAGAGCCAGGUUACCAUGAUGGUGUGUAUGUCCGUGCAGAGUGUGAAGAACAAGAAUCCGCACGGUAUAUUGGCGAUGAUUGCUGUGUAGAACGAGUACCAGCAUCCUUUCUUGACAACUUUCAGGAGGAGUUACGGAUAAGUGGACUUCAGAGUGGACCACAUGCAAAUUGGAAAGAACCGCUGUGGAUUUUCGUGCACGAUGGAGGCUUCAUUGUUGCCUACCUAGCCUUUUCUGCAAGCACCGCUGGAAAGGCUGCAGCCUCCAUUGCAGGACGUGUCAUGGGGCAAAAUGCCGCAGUGGCAGGGGAUGACCCAGAGCAGGCGGGCGAGGUUGCAGCGAGUGCCGCCCAGUCUGCUGCAAGGAGCAGUGGCCUGUCCGACGAGCAAACAGCGGAGGUUGCAGUGACAGCCGCGGGACACGCAGCUGGCAGUGCAGCUAUUGCUGCUGGUGGUGCUCCGGAGUAUGUUGCCUACGUGGCUGGUCAGGCCGCCAUCAAUGCAGCCACCACUGCAGGGCUGAAUACCCAGCUCCUGCCACAGGUCAUCAUCCCAGUUUUUGCCAGAGCAGCGGGACGAGCUGCCGCACAGAGAUCCGCGAAUGGCCGGGACUCCACAAAGGCCUUGGAGGUGGCGGCCAAGGCGGCCAGCGAGGCUGGCGAGAAGCUGGCCUUCAUGACGCCCGAGCACCUGGCGGAGGCGGCGGAGGCGGCGUCCAACGAAGCCUCCAGGGUCUUGGCGUCUGGCCGGGGGCACCCAACGGGGGAAGGUCGCUUGGGGCUGGAUCUGGUGCAGUUGUUGGACUUUUUUGGAGACAAAGAUAAGGGACAAAAUGGAAAGAACAUGAAAGAACACUAG